AUGAUGAAUAACUCACUGGGUCUACACAAUAGAUACAUAGCACACAGCAGUAACUACAGUAACCAAGCACCAACUAAUCCAUACAUCACCAAUGACCCCUACUGCAUCUGCAGAUUACUCCCAACAUACCACUUUCUAUACCAACAGCAACAAGGGAAAGAAGAGACGAAGUACCACAAGGAUAUGUGGCUCAACAGCUAUGGUGCCAUGCGACUCAACCAAUUCCCGGGUGUGGCGAGUCCGCGCGGCAUUAGCCCUGCAGUUGAAACCACCACUGCUGCCACUCAAGUACUUCAGCUGCUACCGCUAUAUACUGUAACACAACACCUGACUGACUGA